AUGUAUCUCUACAACAUCACCUUGCAACGGGCUUCUGGGAUAACGCACGCGGUUCAUGGAAAUUUUUCUGGCACCAAGCAACAGGAAAUCGCCGUUGCAAGGGGGAAGAUUAUCGAGCUUCUAAGACCAGAUCCCAAUUCUGGUAAGGUGUAUACGCUUCUUACGUGCGAAGCCUUCGGCAUAAUCCGUUCGUUUAUGCCUUUUCGGCUUACGGGGAGCAGCAAAGAUUAUCUCAUUGUUGGUUCGGAUUCCGGCCGUGUCGUUGUCCUUGAAUACGUACCCUCCAAAAAUGCCUUUGAGAAGCUCCAGCAGGAAACCUUCGGAAAGAGCGGCUGUCGAAGGAUUGUUCCGGGACAGUACCUUGCUGUUAAUCCAAAGGGCAGGGCCUUCAUGAUCGGCGCUGUCGAAAAGCAGAAACUAGUGUAUAUCAUGAACAGGGAUUCCCAAGCUAGACUCACUAUCUCUUCCCCCCUAGAAGCUCACAAAUCCAACACUCUCGUUUAUCAUAUGGUUGGGGUUGACGUUGGAUUUGAAAACCCUCUGUUCGCUUGCAUCGAAAUGGACUACGAGGAUGCAGAUCAGGAUUCUACGGGCGAAGCUGCCAGGGGCGCCAAUCAGCUCUUAACCUAUUAUGAAUUGGACCUUGGUCUGAACCACGUGGUUCGUAAGUAUUCCGAACCGCUAGAGGAGCAUGCAAACUUCCUUAUCGCGGUCCCUGGCGGUAACGAGGGUCCAUCUGGUAUAUUGAUUUGUUCUGAAAAUUACAUCACCUAUAAGAAUUUUGGUGACCAGCCCGAUAUUCGCUGUCCCAUCCCACAAAGAAGAAACAAUUUGGAUGAUCCAGAUCGGGGUAUUCUGUUUGUUUGCAGCGCGUCACACAAGACAAAGAAUUUAUUCUUCUUUUUAGCUCAAACAGAGCAGGGUGACAUAUUCAAGAUAAACUUAGAGGUUGACGAUGACAUGGUGACCGAAAUCAAACUCAAGUAUUUCGACACCCUCCCGGUUGCGUCGGCCAUGUGUGUCCUCAAAACCGGCUUUUUAUUUGUUGCUUCGGAAUUCGGCAAUCAUUCGCUCUACCAAAUAGCACACUUGGGAGAUGAUGAUGAUGAACCCGAGUUUUCUUCUGCUAUGCCCUUGGAGGAGGGUGACACGUUUUAUUUCGCUCCGAGAGCGCUGAAAAACUUGAUUGAGGUGGACGUCCUGGAAAACUUAUCUCCAAUAAUGCACUAUCACAUUGCCGAUUUCGCUAACGAGGACACUCCACAACUGGCUGUGCUUUGUGGACGUGGGCCUGGUUCAACUUUCCGUUUGCUUCGUCACGGCCUGGAAGUUUCGGAAAUGGCCAAAUCUGAUCUUCCCGGAAAUCCCAACGCCGUGUGGACGGUGAAACGAAACUCCGAGGAGGAAUACGACGCUUACAUCAUUGUUUCGUUCGUUAAUGCCACUCUGGUGCUGUCCAUCGGCGAAACUGUCGAAGAAGUUACUGACUCCGGAUUCCUGGGUACCACACCAACACUUACUUGCUCGCAGUUGGGUGACGAUGCUCUGGUUCAAGUCUAUCCUGAAGGGAUUCGACACAUUCGUGCUGACAAGCGUGUCAACGUUUGGCGUGCACCUGGCAAAAAGAUGAUUGUUAGAUGUGCAGUCAAUCGGCGUCAGGUUGUAAUUGCUCUUACGGGUGGUGAACUCGUGUAUUUUGAAAUGGAUAUGACAGGGCAGCUCAACGAGUAUACCGAACGCAAGGAAAUGCCUGCGGAUGUCAUAUGUAUGGCCCUUGGGCGUAUUCCGACCAGCGAACAACGUUCUCGCUUUCUUGCAGUUGGAUUGGCAGACAACACAGUGCGGAUACUCUCACUCGAUCCCUCAGAUUGCCUUGCUCCUUUAACAAUGCAAGGUCUCCCUUCCACACCCGAAUCACUGUGUAUCGUGGAAAUGGGUGUUGGAGAACCUUCUGGUCCUACGGAUGAAAAUGAAAACGAAACACUACCGGCCACAGGGAUUUUGUACUUGAAUAUCGGCCUGAUCAAUGGCGUCCUCUUACGCGUUAUCUUGGAUCCGGUGACGGGCGAGUUGUCUGAUACCCGCACACGCUACUUGGGUACUCGACCAGUCAAACUAUUUCGCAUUAUGAUGCAGGGUGGUGAGGCUGUGUUAUCAGUAUCAAGUCGGUCAUGGUUGAGUUACGCUUACCAAAAUCGUUUCCACUUGAUUCCCCUUUCUUAUGAGGCAUUGGAGUAUGCUUCUGGGUUUUCAUCUGAACAGUGCCCCGAGGGCAUCGUUGCAAUAUGUAAUAACUCUUUACGCAUCAUGGCUUUGGAGAAACUUGGGGCUGUUUUCAAUCAGACCAGCUAUCCUUUGCAAUAUACCCCACGAAGAAUGGUUUUUCAUCCCGAUUCCAACAUAGCAUAUAUAAUCGAAACCGACCACAACGCAUACACUGACGAAGUGAAGGAAUUACGCAAGCGACAAAUGAGUGAGAAAAUGAUUGCAUCGGCAGCUGGAGGGGCACCUGAAGAAAUUCAGUUGGCGAAGGAGUCAGCAGCAGCAUUUCUAGAAGAAAAUCUCCCAGAAAAUGUAUUUGGCGCGCCCAAAGCAGGACCCGGUAUGUGGGCUAGUUUGCUGCGUUGUCUUAACCCCCUGGAUGGUACAACAUCCCAUCUGAUUCGAUUUCCACAGAACGAGGCUGCCCACGCUCUUUCUCUAGUGCGCUUCCUCAAUCGGCCUGGCGAACUAUUUCUUGUUGUCGCUCUGGUGAAGGGUCUUAACCUCAGUCCGCGAUCCUGUUCCGGUGGAUGCUUACGCACCUAUCGCGUUUGGAACAACGGCGAUCAUCUAGAAUUCAUUCAUGAAACUCUCGUGGAUGACUUUCCUGCUGCUGUAUGCGCAUUUCAGGGUCGACUCCUGGUCGGCGUAGGGAAACGUCUCCGUAUAUACGACAUGGGAAGAAAGAAGCUGUUAAAGAAAUGUGAAAAUAAACAUAUCCCAAAUUUGAUUACAGGGAUAUAUGCAAUCGGAAGCCGCAUCAUCGUGACUGAUGUUCAAGAGAGCGCUUUUUGGCUGCGCUAUCGUCCUCGGUCAGAGAACCAGUUGGUCAUAUUUGCCGAUGACGCAAAUCCUCGGUGGAUAACUCAUUUAGCUGUGUUAGACCCGUCGACGGUCGCAAUCUCCGACAAGUUCGGUAAUGUGAUUAUCCUUCGGCUUCCAAAUGGCGUAAUUGAUGAUAUUGAAGAAGACCCAAGUGGCAACCGUGCCCUCUGGGAUCGUGGCUUUCUUGGUGGUGCCAGCCAAAAGGCGGAAGUUCUGUGCCAUUUCUACGUUGGGGAGGUUGUUACAACUCUCCAGAGAGCCACUCUUAUACCUGGUGGUUCCGAAGGGAUUGUUUACGCAACGUUGUCUGGCGGAUUGGGCAUGCUAGUACCGUUCUCAUCACGAGACGCCUAUGACUUCUUUCAACAUCUGGAGCUGCACAUGCGGUCUGAGGGCAUGUCACUCGUUGGACGGGAACAUGUACAUUAUCGCUCUCAGCACUAUCCAUGCCGCAACGUGAUCGAUGGAGAUCUCUGCGAAAUCUUCAAUUCCUUAGACCCAGCGAAGCAAAGGUCGAUUGCUGAAGAAAUGGACAAGGUUCCGAGUGACAUAGCAAAACGCUUGGAGGACAUUCGCACACGCUUUGCAUUUUAGUUUAUUGAUCCUCUGUUCCUGUACAGUUUCCUUCUUCAUGUGUACAUAAACCUUAGUAAACGUCUUUUACGUGGUUAUGCAAUUUCACUACGGGGUCAAAUCCCGCGAAAGUACCACGAACUGAUCCAACAGGCUAAGCAGGGAGAAACAUUAAUCUGAAGAAGCCAUCACCAGUCCACAAACCGAGUAGCUGUUUGCUCUCAUGCAUUUGUUGGACUUAUAUCUGCCAAGUAAACCGACAGCGAACUAAGAUAAACAAGUCGUGUGAAUCCUCCCCCAGAAGAUCCCUGGUCGUAGCACUCCCAAAUUUCCAGAGGCUCCCUCUAUAGUGAGCAUCUACCCAAAUAUGAACCACUACAAAACCAGUAACACACGAGAAGAACACUAAUCACAGGCCUCUUAUGCAAUACAUCGCCAUGAUGUAUGUGAUAUUUUCAAUAUAGUUCCAAAUGAAAUAUACUGCCGUAUCGAGAAGCAGCCCCAAACCAGGAGGAAAAAAACCUUCAAUAGUAUUCCGAAUGAGUACAAAAAACAAUUCAAAAUAUGCCCGUUAAAGGCACACAACGACGAUCAACAAACCACAGCGCAACCCAAAGAUUUGAAAACAUCAGCUGUUCUGAUGUACUCGCAUUAACACGUCCGACAGGCUGCGCAGCAAGGAUU